CAGGUGAUGCAGAAAGUUUUGCACAACUUUAACGGAACCGCCAUCAAGGACCUCAAGACGAUCGAAGCCCGGGCAAAAGAAAUUCCCGUCGGCGAUCACUACCUGCGCAUUCGGAACUUCCGCGAAACGGACGUCAACACCGUCACGACCAGCUUUUAUCAGGCGGGCCCGGUAACACCCUUCCUGAACGCCUGUCUCGAGCUGUUGAUAUCACUGCUCGAGGAGCCACUGUUUGAUAUUCUGCGCACCAAGGAGCAGCUUGGUUACGACGUGUCGACCUCGUUGCGAGACAAUUCCGGCAUCCUCGGGUUCUCGAUAACGAUCCAUUCGCAGGAAAACAAGUUUAGCUACGAUCACAUCAACGAACGGAUCGAACUGUUCAAUCGUAACUUCGUGGAGACACUGCGCAACAUGCGCGACGCCGACUUCCGGCUGGUGCAGACCUCGCUGAUACACCGGAAGCAGGUGGUCGACACGGAAUUGAAGAGUGAAGCGUCCCGAAACUGGGGCGAGAUCACUACGGAGGAGUACAUUUUCAACCGCUACAAGCUGGAGCUGGAACACAUUGAGCGGCUGACAAAAGAGGACGUGCUGGCGCUCUUCGAACGGCUGGUGAUGGACCCGAGCACACGGCGAAAACUGUGCGUACAGGUUGUCGGAAACGCUGCAAAACCUGCGACCGACGGUACGAAUCGGGGUUCGUCGCCGGUGGCCGCUGAGGGUAGCAGCGAAAUGCGACAAGAUUUUCAACCGGUUUAUCUACCUCCUCAUGUCGGCAAUUCCACGGAGGGGCAAGGAACCGAAACCAUUCGCCAUCAUCACCAUAUUGGCGAUAUAGAACAAUUCUCUAGACCACUGAAGCUGUACCCAGUGACGAAGAUACAUUUCAGCAAAGUUGAUUAAAGCAAAGUUGGGAGAAAAGUUCCUACGUGUUCCUUCCGU